AUGAGUAAAUUUUGUCUUGGCAGAAAAAAUCUAUUAUACCGUAAAUUAGUGGUGUUAGGUGAUGGUGCGUGCGGAAAGACUUCUUUAUUGAACGUCUUUACGAGAGGAUAUUUUCCACAGGUAUAUGAACCAACGGUGUUUGAGAAUCAUGUGCAUGACAUAUGGGUCGACAAUCAACAAAUUGAACUAUCGUUAUGGGACACUGCCGGUCAGGAAGAAUUUGACAGACUUCGUGCACUCUCCUAUGCAGACACACACGUAAUCAUGCUAUGUUAUUCGGUAGACAAUCGUAAUUCAUUAGAGAAUGUAGCAUCUAAAUGGAUGGUUGAAAUACUGGAACAUUGCCCGGGUGUUAAAAUUGUUUUGGUUGCGUUAAAAUGUGAUCUGAGGGAAGAUGAUAACACUAAACGACACUUGGCAAAGUUUGGACAACAACCGAUCACAUUUCAAGAGGGCUUAACUGUUGCGAAAAAUAUCAAAGCCUCCCGAUACUUGGAAUGUUCGGCAAAACAUGAUCGAGGGGUAAAAGAAGCAUUCGAACAAGCAGCACGAGUCAGCAUAGCUGCUAGACCAAAAGGCAUGAUAAGCGACAAACCUAAAU